UUUGUUAUUCUUCUCGGAUGGAACCACAAUGCAUUGGAAUUUUGUAAAAAGGAUCGAAUUGUGAGGUUUUGAUAGAUGCUUUCUCUUUGAAGCUGGUGUUCAAUGGAGUCAUAUAUUUGGAGCAGCAAUGCCAGGCCUGACGCUUUGCAUUUUCUCGUGGCACUUUACUUCGCCCUCAGUUUCCCUGUCGCCAGGUUCUUGCUUGACAAAUUCAUUUUCCGCAGGUUAUCUGUCUGGUUAUUGAGUAAUGGAUCUGCUCCUUUGAGGAUGAAUGAGGCUACACAGGUAAAAAUUACAAAAUGCUCAGAAUCUAUGUGGAAGCUUACUUACUUUGCUACUGUUGAAACAUGGGUCCUCAAAAUCACCUACUACGAGCCAUGGUUUGGAGACUCAAAAGGGUACUUCAAGGAUUGGCCAAACCAAGAGUUGAAGCUUUCCUUAAGCCUUUUCUACAUGUGCCAAUGUGGGUUCUACAUCUAUAGCAUUUUCGCACUCCUUACUUGGGAGACUCGAAGGAAGGAUUUUUCUGUGAUGAUGUCUCAUCAUAUAAUUACUUCUAUCCUGAUUGGAUACUCAUAUGUUACAAGCUUUUUCCGCAUUGGUUCAAUUAUCCUUGCCCUACAUGAUGCAAGUGAUGUGUUUUUGGAAGCAGCUAAAGUUUUCAAAUAUUCUGAAAGGGAACAUGGUGCUAGUGCAUGCUUCGGAUUAUUUGCCAUCUCUUGGCUUGUGCUACGUAUAAUAAUCUUUCCAUUUUGGGUCAUCAAGAGUUCAAGCUAUGAUGUUAUGGAGUGCUUAAGUCUUUCAGAGUCCUAUUCCAAAUUCCUGUACUACUUUUUGAAUACUAUGUUGUUCAUGCUACUUGUGUUCCAUGUCUACUGGUGGGUUCUCAUAUGCUCAAUGAUAAUGAGACAAUGGCAAAAUAGAGGAAAAGUUGGCGAAGACAUUAGAUCCGAUUCGGAGGAUGAUGGUGACUAAACUGAACACGUCAUAAAAAAAAUUGUUGAUGGUGGCGAUGUUAAGCGAGGAGGAGAUUUGUUGUUGUAGGUUUGUUUCUGCACUCAAUUGGUAAUUACUAUUGAUUUCAAGUUUUGCAGGAUUCAUAUCCCUGGUACAAAUGAGGGAAGUAGGAUGGAUGAUUUCUAUUCUUGGUUAUCUAAAUAUUCAUUCCAAUUUGUAAAAUGGAAUUGAAUGGCAUUAGAUAGUGUAUUUCUUUUGCUAUUCAUUUUCAUCCUAGUCUAACUUAUCACAAAAAUUGAAGUUUAUGUUACUCGGACCUUGAUAUUGGUGCUAGACGCAAGUAGA